UGAUGAAAGACCGCAUACGAAGAUUUUUCGCACUAGCGCUUAUGGGAAUUUUCUGCUUACCGACGUCCAAGGCAUAUUGACGUAUUGGCAUAUUACAUAUAUACAUAAGUAAUACAGACGAUUGUAUUCACUUUUUUUAGAUAAAGAGGCAUAACUUCAUUUAAUACACCACAUAUUAUUUUUAUUGCCAAAAUAGCAACACAGAAAUACCCUUCAUGCGCAACGAAACUAAUCAGUUAUUCCUAAGCACAUUGACACUACUAAAAAAUAGUACGAUUUAAUUGAUCUUGCGCAGGCGAAGCGGGACGCAAUUAACAAAAAAAAAGCAAACAUAACGGUACUUUUCCUGUUAAAGAAGAUAGUCAUUACAAAAAACUUCUUGGCUAGUUAGAAAUGUGUACUGAGAGAUAAUUUAUGGGAAAAUCGAUAUACUGCUAGCACGUGAAAAGAGCUGGCAAAAAUUACACCUCAUUCAUACAGGGCAAUUUAUAUGUAUUACGCUUCAACAAGUUGGGGACGAGUUGAGAAUCAUAAAUUGGAAAAAAAUUAUUGAAAAUAAAAUAUUAUGAAAAUUCGCGCCACGCUGCUGCGUAUGUUUGGAACCAAUAAUGCCAGAAACCGGUGAAGAAGAAACUGUACGUGUCGUAGCGUUAGAUCGCAGUUUUCACUUCGGAUGUUAUAAAUGUGAAGACUGUGGUUUGUUGUUAUCGUCAGAAGCCGAGGGUCGUGGAUGCUAUCCUCUGGACGGACAUGUACUCUGUAAAAGUUGUAAUGCAAAACGUGUGCAAAUGCUAACAAGUCGCAUGGCAACAGAGUUAUAAACAAACUUAUUACUGUGACAUAUUAUGAAUAUUAUGUAUAAUUUCUACACUCGUAUGUAAAAUUAAAAUAAAUAAAAGUUCGUUUGGUUUGCUGACUUUUUAAAACCA